AUGUUCCCAAUGGGAAUUUCUUCCAUUUUACACUCCAAAGGGCUCUCCGUCUGCGGGGACAGUGACAAGGCUGUCACUGCUCCUCAGUUCCGCCUGGAUGCCUCCUACAUUGCCAUAGCUGGGGGCACUGAGACAUGGACAUGGGAGUCCAUCCAGCCCGGGGAACGCAGCCUGGGCACAUGGGAGAAAAAUCGCCCCACGGCCAGCACAUCCCAGCUCAGGAUUCACGCCAUAUCCCGAUGUUCUGAAGCCCUUUGGGCCCAAGCACAGGCGCAGACAGCCCUUACUGCUGCCGGCUGCCAGCCGGGCCCACCCGGACACCCCAUCCCCUACCCGGCCUCCAGAGGCAUCCGGCCCUGCCUUCCCCAGGACUUGACUGGCAUAGAGUCCAUGGACCAAUGUCGCCACACGCUGGAGCAGCACAACUGGAACAUAGAGGCAGCUGUGCAAGACCGACUGAAUGAGCAAGAGGGUGUCCCAAGUGUCUUUAAUCCUCCUCCAUCGCGGCCGUUGCAGGUCAAUACAGCCGACCACAGGAUCUACAGCUACGUUGUCUCAAGGCCACAGCCAAGGGGCCUGUUAGGAUGGGGUUACUACUUCAUAAUGCUUCCAUUCCGAUUUACCUAUUACACAUUACUUGAUAUAUUUAGGUUUGCUCUGCGUUUUAUACGCCCUGAUCCUCGUAGUCGGGUCACUGACCCAGUGGGUGACAUUAUUUCGUUUAUUCAUAUGUUUGAGGAAAAAUAUGGGAGGAUACACCCUGUCUUCUACCAGGGAACUUACAGCCAGGCACUGAACGAUGCCAAGCGGGAGCUGCGCUUCCUGUUGGUUUAUCUUCAUGGAGAUGACCACCAAGACACAGAUGAGUUUUGCCGCAAUACACUGUGUGCACCUGAGGUCAUCACCCUUAUCAACACUAGAAUGCUCUUCUGGGCUUGCUCAACCAAUAAACCAGAGGGAUACAGAGUGUCCCAGGCCCUGCGGGAGAACACGUACCCAUUCCUGGCCGUGAUCAUGCUGAAGGAUCGCAGGAUGACUGUGGUUGGGCGGCUGGAAGGUCUCAUCCAGGCUGAUGACCUCAUCAACCAGCUGAUGUUCAUCAUGGAUGCCAACCAGACGUACCUGGUGUCUGAACGCCUGGAAAGGGAAGAGAGGAACCAAACCCAAGUCCUGAGGCAGCAGCAGGACGAGGCAUAUCUGGCAUCUUUACGUGCGGACCAGGAAAAGGAGCGCAAGAAGAAGGAGGAACGGGAGAGGAAGAAGAAGAAAGAGGAGGAAGUGCAGCAGCAAAAACUAGCAGAGGAGAGGCGGCGACAGACACUGCAGGAGGAGAAGGAGCGGAAGUCGGAAUGCCUUCCUCCCGAGCCGCAUCCCGAUGACCCGGAGAGCGUCAAGAUCAUUUUCAAGCUGCCUAACGAUUCCAGAGUGGAGCGGCGAUUCCACUUCACACAGUCACUGACGGUGAUCCACGACUUCCUGUUCUCCUUGAAAGAAAGCCCUGAGAAGUUCCAGAUUGAGGCCAACUUCCCUCGCCGUGUCCUGCCCUGCCUCCCUACAGAGGAGUGGCCCAACCCCCCCACGCUGCAGGAGGCCGGACUCAGCCACACGGAAGUCCUCUUUGUGCAGGACCUUACGGACGAUUGACACUUCUUUUGGUUUUGUUUUUGAUUUUUUUGGGUUUUGUUUUGUUUCGUUUUGUUUUUUGGGGGGUUUUGUUUUUGGGGUUUUUUUUUUUUCCAGAAGACACAAAAUGGAAAGAGAAAUUCAUAUUAUUAUUAUAAUACAAUAUUUUUUUUAAAAGACUGCGUACAAACGAGGGAUCAGAGACCACAUGGCCCGUGCCAGCUGUGCUGCGUGUGUGCGCUGGCGAGAGGACGCGUGCGCACGGCCAUCCCCUGCACCGGGGGGGCAGAGAGGGGGAAGCUGGUGUUGCCCCUCCACCUUCCCUGGGGAGGAACAGGAAUGGCAGCUCUUGGUAAUUACUGCUUUUAUUGAUGACAAUAAUAAUAAAACCCCGACAACCUGACAUCGCGUGAAGAUUUGAUACUCUGCUGCUCCUGAGAGGCACACGACCGAGCACCGGAAUGUGCUGGGAGUGGGGUGGGGGGAAAGGGCUGGACAGAAUCUCUUCAGCUUCCCUCUCUGUAUAAAUACUGUUCUUUAAUAUUUCUCUUGCUUUGUAAUGACCAAAGGAGAAUGGGGUUGACUAUAGUAUUAACUUUUUGAUAAAGAGCUGGUUCGAUUCUUACCCGUGUGGGGUCUUGCCCAGGGUUCUUAGCCUGCGUAGUGUAAUAAACUCUGCCUCUAGCA